GGCCCGCCGCCGCGGGGCUGCGGAGCUGCCGGCGCGGCCAGGAGCGCCCCGGGGACGCGGCCCGCACGGCACCGCCGGUGCCCGGCGCCGCCGGCCGCCAUGGGAGAACAACCCAUCUUUAGCACCCGAGCUCACGUCUUCCAGAUUGACCCAAACACUAAGAAGAACUGGGUUCCCACCAGCAAGCAUGCUGUUACUGUGUCCUACUUCUAUGACAGCACAAGAAAUGUCUACAGGAUAAUCAGUUUGGAUGGCUCAAAGGCAAUAAUAAAUAGCACUAUCACCCCCAACAUGACAUUUACUAAAACAUCUCAGAAGUUUGGCCAGUGGGCAGACAGCAGAGCGAAUACAGUCUAUGGCUUGGGAUUUUCAUCUGAACAUCACCUUUCAAAAUUUGCUGAAAAAUUUCAGGAAUUCAAAGAAGCUGCACGACUAGCAAAGGAAAAAUCCCAAGAAAAGAUGGAGCUAACAAGUACACCCUCUCAAGAAUCAGCUGGAGGGGAUAUUCAGUCUCCCUUAACGCCAGAAAGUAUUAAUGGGACAGAUGACGAGAGAGCGACACCGGAAGUGACGCCGAACUCAGAAACAAGGGCUGAACCAACCCAGAACGCAUUGCCAUUUACCCAUAGUUCGACAAUCAGCAAGCACUGGGAGGCAGAACUGGCCACGCUGAAGGGUAACAACGCUAAGCUCACAGCAGCCCUGCUGGAGUCCACUGCCAAUGUGAAACAAUGGAAACAACAGCUUGCUGCCUACCAGGAGGAAGCAGAACGCCUUCAUAAGCGGGUAACUGAACUAGAGUGUGUGAGCAGUCAAGCCAAUGCAGUCCACACACAUAAAACAGAAUUAAACCAGACAAUACAGGAGCUAGAGUCUACACUGAAGAAAAAAGAAGAGGAAAUAGAAGGAUUGAAACAAGAAAUCGAAAAUGCCAGAGAGCUCCAGGCACAGAGGGAUUCUCUGACCCAGAAGUUACAGGAAGUAGAAAUUCGAAACAAAGACCUGGAAGGCCAGCUGGCUGAUCUAGAGCAACGUCUGGAGAAAAGUCAGAAUGAGCAAGAAGCUUUUCGCAAUAACUUGAAGACACUUUUAGAAAUUCUUGAUGGAAAAAUAUUUGAACUAACGGAGUUACGAGAUAACUUGGCCAAGCUAAUAGAAUGCAGCUAAAGGAAAUGGGAUUUCAGUGCCAAACAGCUUAAAGAUGCACUGUCUCUCUUCAUAGGACUGUGUUGGGCUCUGCAUCAAAGUUGCACAAAAUUAGAAAAUGCUCCUCUGAGAGGGCUUGUUUUAAAUUUGAGUCACAUUUCAAUGUAAAAUUUAGACCUUGGCUUGUAGCUAGUUGAAGAAAAAAAACAACAACAAACAAAAAAAACUUGAAUUACAAAUUACCUCCUUCUGCGUUAUUGGCCAUAGAUAACUUGAAAGAUAUUAACAGUAAUUGAAUGCAAUUCAAUUUGCUAAUUAUCAGUGGUGGAAGAAUCAGCAGUGUCCCAGAUCACGUCCCCUUUUUUGUGAUAGACAAAAUAUAGGUAAUCUGCUGUUUUAUUUAUUUAAGAUAUUUAAUUGCUGUGUUUUGUGCAAGAACUUAGUGAUGACAGCCCUUUAUUUCGUUGUUCUUAAUAAUUUCUCAGGAUACUUUGCACUGUGGAGAAGCAGUGCCAUUACCAAUUUAUUCUUGCCAGGAGUGAGAGAGAGCUGCAUCUUUAAUUGAAACAAAGUUACUAUAACUGCUUGUAUAAAGUUCUUCCUUCUGGGGUUAUUUUGGUUGGUUGUUCUUUGUGGUUUUUAUAUAUCUAUCUUUAUAUAUAUAUAUGUGUGUGUGUGUGUGUGUGUGUGUGUAUAUAUAUAUAGAUAGAUAUAUAAAAACUGGAAGAUACCAUAUUUCUUUAUUGCGUUUACUCUAGUGUUCUACAAUGUUGUCCAAUGUAAGGUUUACUUUUUCAUAUGAAUUCCAUGUAAUUACAGUGAGAUACUAUCUUCCACUAAACUAUAUUGUGAGGCCAACCAGUGAUGGAAGGUGAGUCCCCCUAGGGAAAAGAAAAAUUAAAAAAAGGGCCAAAAACCCUGGAGAAUUUUAAAUGUAAAAUUUGACAUGCACAGAUAAAAAGGAAUAGCCAGUCAUUUGUUUUCUGGCCUUGAUACCUCUAUUGAGUAUGUAUGUUCAAUUAACUGUUAACCUGUUCUGCAGGAGACUUUUUCAGAAUGUUACAUGAAUUUCAGAUUUGGUGAAUAAUGACUUAUGGGGAGCAUUGUUUUGCUACAGAUUGCGUUAAGGGCAUGGAGCUAUUGCAAGGGUUUACUCAUACACUGAACUUGUCCAGCCAAGAAAGCUGUUUCUAGAAGUUUUGUUGUCAUAGCAAAUUGAAAUGGAGACAUGUUUACUCUUUUAUGGGUCUUCAUAUCACACCUUUAUUGAAACCACACCAGGCAAUAUUCUGAACUGUUAACUAAAUGUUUAAAAACAGGAAAUUUAAUUCAGUUAUCCUCAGUAAGUAGGUUUUAAAGUUGUUUUGGUGUAGUUUUAACAGACUUUUGGCAAACAUACAUUUCUUUAUAUAAUAGAUUUAUUUUAAAAAAAUCUCCUCAAAAGGUAAGCCAAGUGUCAUGUGUCUUGCAUCAAAGUACAUUUUUGCCAUAAAUUGCUUGUAAUAUUUAAGAGGGCUUUUUUAAAAUGUAUGAAUGAGUGUCAGACUUAAAGAGUCAAAAGAUGCACAGACCUUUAUUUGCUCCCCAAAUUAAUUUGAAUGUUAAACAUGAAUUCUAGCUGCUUAUUAAAUUUGUAUAACACGAUUUUCUCCACUUAGAGACUGCUAUUCAGAACUAGAAAAGCUACAUUUGUUUUCAUGUGUGUACUGUGUGUAUAUACCAUAUAAUACACACAGGUUCUCAUUUAUCUUAGAAAUACAAACUUUAUUUCUAAAAUACCAUUUUUUUUUCUUUAGCAGUGAUUUAUCAGGUCUCCCCUGACUAGUCAGGAAAAUGGUUUAGGUAAAAUGCUAAACCAUCGUGUAUUAUACGGUAUGUAAUGUACACAAUGUUUAAGUUUCAUAUUUUGAGGGUAUUUUCUCAUUUAUUAAAGGGGUGGGGGGAGCUUGGUUCAGCGUGCUACUGCUUGAAAACUUUGUGGUGAGCUACUUGUUUUUAAUUUGGUAGAUUUUAGGUGGUGGUGUGUAUAACUUCAUCAGGUCCAGAUGAGCAGAUACGACUAGUUUUUAAUUCACUUGGGGAUCUUUGGGACUGAUUCUCCUGUCACUUGAGCUGCUCCAAACCAGAUGAGUCCUUGAUGUGAUGUCAGCAACAUCGAGUUGGCCUAACAUCUGUGAAAGUGUAGGGAGAAUCUGGCCUGUUAAUGCUCAGUGGACCUAUAAGGAUGAAGAACAAAACCACAGAAAGCUGAUGAUAGAAUAAAUGUAAUAUUAUUUUUAAUGAUAUUAUUAUUAUUAUUGACAUUUUAAAAGAUAUUAUGUCAUUUACAUGUGAGAAAAUAGUGGACAGAAAUAUUUCCACUUAAAUUUUGUGAAUAUGUGUGGUACAUGAAUAUUUCUAUGUAUACGUACACACACAUAUGUAUAUACAGACAUGGAAAAAUUUAGAUGUGCACAUUUUUAAUAUUUUCCUAUUGAAAUUAAAUUUAAAAUUGGAAGUUGAUAUUUGAGAAUUUCUUUUCUCAUAGAGUAGAUAUACUUCAUUUCUUAUUUUAAACAAUACAAUUACUGAGGGCUGCACCUUUGAAUUCCCAAAUAGUUGCCAAAUAUAAAUAUGGGAUAAGGUGGAUAUACGUGCACAUAUAAAUAAAAUCCUAUUGCUAAGACUAUUUUUAUUGUUUCUGUACAGUAGGCGAGUGUUUAGGAAUCGUGACCUAAAGUUCAUACUUAAGUGGCUAUUCCUACUGUAGCCUCUCCACUUCUGUUGUGAAACUUUGCCUAUUUGAUACAUUACUUUCCCAGAGAUGGGGAUUAUAUAUUGUAUCUAUCUUUGAUGAAAUGAUGGGAAUAUGUAUAUGAGAAAACUGUUGAGUGCUAUAGCUUGAAAACAUGACCAUGAAUAGCCACAUCACAUAUACCUUGUUAUAUGGCAACUACAGUCUUGUAAAAAAAAAAAAAAAAACACAAAAAACUGACAAAAAAACCACCAAAACAAAAAAAAAUAGCCAAAAAACCCCCUAAAUAAAUACUCAACAAAAAACCACAAGCAAACAAAACAAAAACAACCAGGUUUUUAUUUCGAAAUACACUUGCUGUUCUCUGGAGAAUGUACUUUUACUCUUUUUUCUUAUAUCUUUUUCAAGUAUGUGCAAGUGAUAGCAGCAGCUACCUUAAUCUUUCAGGUGCUACUGGAUUUUGCAUUAGUGUGUUACGUUGUGAAAUUCUGACUUUGACAUAAAAGAUUUUUGUAAGUAUAGCCCCAUCUGGAUAGUUAGUUUUUGGAGUGUCUUGUUCAUAAUCCAUAUGCCUCAAUGAUCCAGAAAUUGCAUUUUUCUAUGUGAACAAAGUAAAACAUGUGAAUUAAUCUGUCUGUUACAGACUGGGGAUUCCUUUUCCUGGUUAAUAUAUCCAGGAAUGAGAAAAAAAAAAAAAUGAACUUACAAUGCAGAAAUGCUGUUAUAAAGUCUCUAAGAAAAUACAUUUUCAGGUAAAAUAUAAAUAAAUAAAGGGCUAAACCAGAUGUAAAACAAAUAAGUAUUGUUUAAUGCUGUCGGUGGCAUUCCCAGGAUAAUUCCUUUAGAGAAAACCCUGCAGGAAUGAACAAUGCAUCAAUUAAAGGUGAAGAUUUUGGGA